AUGGCACAUUCAGGGCCUCUUCCAGUGCUAGUGAUCGUCUCACAGCGAAGCUCCCUAUACGCCAAAACUAAAACUGCCCCGGAGGAAAUCGUUCCACUAGCCAUGCGCCUCCUCAAGAAGCGAAAUAUGUGGAAAGCAACAGACCAUUCCACACCAACGAAACUCCUCGCAGUUCAAAAAUUGCGAAGCCGCGCAUUCCUCGUCUUCGACAUCGCCAAUGAAGCAUACGAUGCAAAACUCGGCCGUCUUCCUAAACACAACCAGCUCCCCGUGGUCUUGGCCCAUUUCAGCAAGAAGAAGGCGGCGUACCCAGCCAAUUCAUGGGUAUCUCAACAAGUCAACCAUGAUGUCGCGAUGUUGCAUAACGCGAAUGGAUUCGGUUAUGUUCCGCCGUUCAAGGAAGAUCAUACUCUUGGGACGCCGCCCGCGUAUCACAGUCCCCGGGAUAUCUCAAUGUUGCGAGUCACGUAUAUCUAG